AUGGAGGAUAAUGAUUGCGACCACCUCAAAGGAGCCGGCAAGCUUAUUCCCAACGACCCUCGAGUCCGAUACGCCUCGGCCGAGAUCCACGGCAACACCUACCACUACAUAAUCGGCGAACCCGGGCCGGACGACCUACACCAGUUGUCACUGCAAAGCAUGUCGGCGGAUCUCGAAGAAUUGGCCAACCGAAUUGCGAAGGGCGAGCAGAUCAUUCUCGGCGGUCACGACUGGGGCAGUCACCUUGCUUGGCGGGUUGCCAUGUGGCACCCCGGCUUGGUCAAGGCCAUCUUCAGCGUCUGUACGCCCUUCUUGCUACCCAUGAAGCCUUACAUGGCCAUUGAGGAUCUGGUGGCCGGACCGUAUAAGCAUCUCACCUAUAUGCUUCAGUUCAUAGGGCCCGAGAUUGAAGUCGCCAUUCGGGAACGAGAAGAUAAGCUGCCUACCCUCUCGCGAAGUGUCUGGCUUUCGGAGGACGAAUUGAGCUACUAUGCGGACCAGUUCAUGCUUCAAGAAGCUCCGCGGAUGCGGGGGCCUCUCAACUGGUACAGAACUCGCAAGAUUGAUUGGGAGGAAGAGCAGAUGCUGGCAAACAAGCCCAUUACGCUUGAGACGCCGACGCUCUUUAUAGGGCCCAAUUAUCUAUACACCUCCUUUUAUUAA